CGGUAACGAAUGUACAGAGGUCUGCUGUCGCACUUACGUUUCACUUACACACACAGCAGUAAGCAAUUUAAAACAAAUCCGACGCAGGUUAACCUAUUCCCUAUUGACCAGGUCAGAGUCUCUCUGGGUGCCCACUUCAUCAACAAAAGGACCAAGACCAACGACGCCCAAGUGACGAAAAACAUCCGCCGAAUCAAAAUCCACAAAAAAUACAACUGGGUCAAAACGGGGGAUGGGCUCGAGUAGUUCAACAUCGUCUGGUGGCGGAAACAAACACACCGGUAAAUUGUAUUUCGAUCCUGAAGCGGAUUAGUCCGAGGGAAAGGACUAUUUCAUAACGGAUGCCGAACUGCGUGAGAGACUUGGCCAAUUGGUGGAUGACACAAAGAAGAUUUUAGAGGUGAAGUAUUACUCUCAUCCGCUUUACGGAUGGCAGAUCAUGCAAAACUUGCUCCAUCACGCGUACAUCGUCUUCAAAACGCAGAGCUGGUGGUGGUCCAUCGAGAAAAACGAACUUGGCGUCACCAUUCAACGGUCGAAGAAAAUCGAAUUCGUUCGCGACACGUUCCGCAGACAAGAUCGCACGACGGAUUUAUUUGGAGGCGGAAUAAUAUGCGAGAAGAAAUUCAAAGGGAGUCACACUUUGCAAGAGCUCAUUUCUCACAUUUAUGCAAAGAACUAUACUUGAAUGAAGAUGACAAACAUCUUAGCCAAUGCGUCGCCUUGUACACAUUACACAGCCAAGAUCCUUAAAACUAGCUAAUAUAAACUGCGUUGCAGUCUAAUACAAUUUCGAAGCAAUGAAACGUAAUAAAAUGCACCAACAAUCAGAGAAGGAUUUUAGAAAUGAUAAGACCGACCACAAUUAUUUCCUUUCGAAUUUUUUCGGGGUAGAAAUUUCCGGGAAAUGUCUCGCGGUCUAUAUUUAUUCAAAAAGUGGAGGUGCAGAGAUUCUUAUUCAGCGGCCAACUAAAUAAGUUUGCAGCAAAUUUCGACGGGAGUAAUUUACAUUUCUUAAUUUUACGUACAACAGUCUUGUUUCUGCGUCAGAGCUUGUUGAAGCCUUCCAGCGCUAUCGUCUUUUCUUUUUAUUGUGCAGCAUCAACGAAUUAAGACGGAAAUGGCCCAGCGUAUCCAGUCAAGACCCGCCAUUCUAUUUUUAAUAUCCAGUUUGCUGUUUUUUAACUCCUGCCCAUCUAGCGGAAACCGUGUCCAGAAAACAACCGGAUAUGAAUGGUGGGCACCGGAACAAUCAGAGGCAAGUGACAGCCAAAUGUUGAGAAUGGUUAACAGUGACGUCACUAAAGAGAACGAGUACCCCUACAUGGUGGCGAUAAUCGAGUACGAUCCUGAAACCGAAUCUCACACACACUUUCACUGCGGGGGAUCGUUGCUUAGUCCAACUCACGUCUUGACAGCUGCCCACUGCAUGUUCGUUAACGACACCACCCAGAAAAUGAAAACGGAUCAGAUCCAAGUCUUGUUGGGGGUCCACUUCUUCAACCAAACGACGACCGACGCCCAGUUGAGGAGAAAAGUCCGCAGGAUUAAAACCCACGAGAAAUACGAUCCCGACAACUGGUACAACAACGACAUCGCCAUCCUGACGCUGGACUCGCCCGUCAAGUUCACCGAGACCAUCUCGCCCGUUUGCUUGCCUCCGCAAGGAUCCAACGACCAAUACGAAGGCGAAUUGGCCAUCGUCAAAGGAUGGGGGGCUACGGGAGAGGAUGAAGGGGUUUCGGAAGUCCUCCUUCACUCCAUCAAGAAGAUCAUCUCCAACUCGCAAUGUCAGAAAAUUCACGCAGAAGCCAAAAUCACCACCCGGAUGAUGUGCGCCUACCGACCUGGCAAAGACUCUUGCCAAGGGGAUAGCGGAGGUCCAAUGGUCAUCGAAACAAACGACCUCGACGAAAACAACACAAUCGACGCUACUAAUAAACCGGUUGGGAAUCGCAAAAAGGAUUGCCAAUGGAUUCAGGUCGGCAUCGUCAGCUGGGGAGACGGAUGUGCGAGAAAGGGGAUACCUGGCGUUUAUGCUAGAGUGACAUCGUUCUUGCCCUGGAUCAAGAAAGAAAUGAUGCCUAUGAAAUCCAAAUUGAAGUAUAGAAUUAAUACGAUUGGACGCAUUCGAAAUAAUUAAUUGGAUUCUUUCUCAAUCCUUGUAUCAGCAACUAUAUCGUUGAGAUCUGUCGUAUAAAACAAGCAAAGUCACGUC